CCCAGCGCCAAUAACGUCCGUGACGCAGAAGUCUGUCACGCGCUUGCAGAACGGGCGGUUAGAAACCGUUAGAGGCUAGCGUUUGAGCAGUUCAGGAUGGACAGAGAUCGAGGUUUUAGGUUCAAACUUUUGGUGCCUCCCAGAAUAAGCCACAGCCAUAUAAAUGCUGUCCGUCCUCAAGGAACAGUAGGGAACCAUCUUCUAAAUUCAGAGCAGCAGGUAGCCUCUUCAUUAAAACAGAAUAAUUCCAGCUCCGGUGAGCUUUAUUCCAAGCUCUUUGAUGAAGUAGAGAAAAUACAGUCCUGGAAGGUCAAAGUUGAAAAUGACACUGCAGAGAAAGAGAGAAGACUGCAGGAUAACAAAAGAACGAUUGAAACCCAACGAAAAGCCAUUCAGGAACUGCAGUUUAGCAAUGAAAGUUUAAGCCUAAAGCUAGAGGAACAAAUCUCUGAAAAUGAGGACCUAAGAAGCAAGAACAAUACAACAAGGAACUUGUGCAAUAUACUUAAGGAAACUUUUCAGAGAUCUUCUGAGAAAAUGCAUUUAUUUGAAUCUGAAAGGGAAGAAACACAUCACCUCUUCAUGGAAAAUAGUGGGAGCAUUAAGAAACUACUUUCAGCAUUUGAAUCCCUCCGUAUUCGAGUAGAAGCCGACCAACAAGAGAUGCAUAAAGUGAAAGAAGACUUGUUGCAGUUUGAAGAUCUGAAAGAGAAAUAUCAUCAGGAAUAUAUAAUGAAAGAUAAAGAGAAUGAAAUGGUUCAGAAAAAACUUGAGGACAAGGAAAAUGAGCUCCAGAAAGCCCUGCUAAACCUUAAUGAAGCUCAGAAAUGCUGCAAACAACUCCAAGACUCAACAAAGCAACAAUUUGAACUUCUCCAAAGCUUGACAACUGAAAAGGAAUAUCUUCUUCAAAACCUGAGAAGUGCUGAACAAUCCUGUGAAGAAUUUAAGAAAAAAGAGGAAAACACUGCUGCAGCCCUGGAAAAAAUUAAAAAUGAGUAUAAAGAGAUCAUCCAGGACAAAGACCUGAACAUACAGGACCUCAACAGAUUAAAAAAUGAACAAGCAGAAAAACUGGAGAAGAUUGAAACAACAAUCAAGGAUUUAAAGAAUUCCCAGGCUCUGGAGAUACAAAGGGCCAAAGAUCUGGAGGAUAAACUAAUGAAAAAGAGCAGUGAACUUGAAAGGAAUGGAAAACUUUUAGGAGAGACCAUGGAAGAAGUAACAAAGAAAGAAUAUCUGAUCAAAGCCCUUCAAAAGGAACUUGAAACAGAAUUAAAAUCCACUGAGAGGUUGAAGUUCAAGGUUGAUACUUUGGAAGCCAGAGUGGAUGAACUUAUUUCUGAGCUAUCAAGGAAAGCCGAGGAAAUUCAGAUGUUAAGGAAUGAAAAAGAGGUGGCUUUAGAUGAAAAUAGUCAUCUAAAAGAGAUCAAAGUGAAGGAACUUGAAGGGCAGUUGUCUCUUGAGAUCGAGAAAAAUAAAGAAUGCACCUUUCAGAUGGAGCAGCUAAAGGAAGACAUCUUGCAACAUGAAGUGAACUAUGAGGAGCUGCUGUCUAGUUUUGAGAAGCUACAGUCUGAAAACAUGACCAUUCAACAAGCGUUUGAAGAUGGACUUUCCAAAGUAAAAGAGUCUGAGGAAAACAUGAAGGUAAGCGAGGAGAACAUAGUAAAACUCAAAAGAAAAGCUCAAAAACUGGAAGAAGAAAACAAGUGUUUAAGAGAUGAAAUAAGCACGAUUAAAAAGAGAGUCAGUGGGACAUGCCAAGACACUGACACUAUGCAAAAGAAUGCUGAGAAAAUUUGGGAGCAUCUGCAAGAAGAGAUAGCAGUAAAGGAGAAACUGAUAGAAGCUGUGGAAGCAAAUCUUCAGAAUCUCAGGCAGACAUUUGAAAAGAAAUUUAAAGUGCAAGAAGAAUUCAAGAACGAAAAUAAAAUUCUCAAGAAACAAAUUGCAAAAGAAACUGCUAAAUGUACUCAACUAGAAAAGACGAUCGACAAGCUUCAAACGGAAUACAAGGACUAUAAGACAAUGAAAGAGGAAGAUUAUCAUCAAAUGCUUAAGGAUCUUGAAUCAAAAUCAGCCUUAACAGCAGAGCUUGAAAAUGAGGUACAAAAGCUCAAACUAACAACAGCAGAAGCCGUUAAGAACAAAGAAGAUGCAGAGCUCAAGUGCCAGCAUAAGAUUGCAGAUAUGGUAGCACUGAUGGAAAAACACAAAAGCCAGUAUGACCGCAUGGUUGAAGAGAAGGACAUGGAGCUUCAUAAAAACAAGAAGAAAGAGACAGAGGCAGAUGCUCGUGCAAAAUCACUGGAGUUGGACUUGUCAAAACAGAAAAUAGAAAAUGACCAACUAAAGAAACAGUUGAAGACAAAAGACACAGAAAAGGCACUUCUACAAAAAGAAGUAAUUGAUUUGAAGAAAGAAACUUCUACUUCAAAGAUCAUGCAGUUUUCACAAGCAAACAGCAAGCAGUCAAUUACACUUGACAAUGAAAAAGUGAUAGAUCUUCAAACUCCAGUGGAAGGCUCAAUAAAGAGAUACAUUUUUGACUUUAGCAAGACCAAGAAAACCCCCUCCAACAAGAGUCCUGCAGUCCUUAGGAAAGCUGUGUCAGCCUCCAAAACACCCAGGACACCAAGUGGAACAACAGCAAAGACAAAGCCUGUUUUCAAAGAAGAUACUGAGACUCCAGGAAGUGAUAAAAAUAGGAUUGGUGGAAUAUCAAAGAUGAAAUCAUACAGAAUAAGAACACCUCCUUCUAGUGAAAAUGCAGGACAAUGGGGAAAGAACACUUUUGAACUUGACUCCAAGUCUGACAGCUCUGAUCAAAUUGAUUUGUUUACCUGUCAACAUGAACCAGCACCAAGUGAUUCUGUUCUACAGCACAAACGCAACAUUUUCAAAAAGAUUCAGAGCCCCGUUGCUCUUAAAUCACCUGGAAGUAACUUGAAGCUGGCUGCAAUAAAAAGAAUGAGAGACGCUGGUUGGACUGCAGUGACCAACUGCGACAAGAAAAAGAAGAAAACUAGUGAUAAAAUAUUUGCAUAGGUAAUAUCAAUCGAGAUCAGAUCAAUAUUCCUUCAUACAUUGAUUGAUUUGAUGAAAUAAGUUAUUCUAAUAUCUAAAGGGUCUAGUCUUAAUAUUGUUCACUUAUGCAUGCUUGGAAUUUAUAGUUCUUGAGGUUGUAGGUUUUCUUUGGAAGUUCACUGUAUAUGACUAUAAAGUCAUGCUCUUUGUUAUUUAAAAAUAAGCUACCUUUAUGUAUGUUUGGAAUGAACUUAGCUUUAUGGAAAUUUGUAGUGUUAAUGUGGUGACGUUGUUGUAAUUGAAAAAUUAUCUUAUCAAAUUGAAAACUUUUUGAACAGGUUUAGUUUUAAAAUUUUGCUCAUUUAUACGAUUGUAGAGCUAAUUUUGUGAAAAACACUUGAGAUGUUCUCCUUAUGUGACUACAAUGUCACCCUAAUUGCUUUAAAGUUCUUGUGAAAAAGAAGUUUUCCAUAAUACUGUUGUUUGGAAAAAUGUUAUGCUUAAAACUGUUAUCUAAUUCCCUUAGUUUGGUCUACAUAAACCUUUAUUGUUAUUUUGGUAAAUGUGUUGUUAUGUGAAUAUAUUUGUUUGGUCAUUCCCACAAACUAAUAAAAUUAAUUAAUUA